UCAAAGUCAACCGCGCCACCCCCAAGUCCGCUAUAAGAGCCGGCGGCGUCACCUCCGAGAGAGCCCCUCGCCCGGCCGGGAGCGAGAAGCAAGCGGCUUGGCACCUCAGCCUGCCUCUUCGCCUGUCUCCCCCCUCUCCUCCAAGAAGCCAAGAUCUGCCUAUAUUCUCAUCAACAUCACUGAGAUGGACAAUGCCCUCAUCGAUCGAUCUGCCAGUGGAUUCGAUUUCAUGCGGUGGACGGACGCCGUCGACGAUGGCUGCCGCGGCGGCAUCGCCAUGAGCGCGCUCCCGCCCCGCACAAGCAGCAGCAUCUACACCUCCUUCCCAUACGUUUCGCAGCUUCCCCCUUUUCAGCACACGCCGUACCUGCACUCUUCGCUCUCCCUCCCUCCGCUGCCUCCUCGCCGCCCGGCUCUCGGCCCGCUCCCGCCGUUGAUGGCGACGACCAUGGCCAAGCACGCCGCGCCGCCGCAUCGGGCGGCGGCUGCCGCUAUGGGAAAGCCCGCGGUGCCGAGGAGGACGGGGCUAGGCGGAGAGUACAAGAGGAAGAAGCCGCGGGCGCCGAGGCCGGGGGAGGAGCCGCCGAGGGCGCAGCGGAGGAAGCCGCUGGAGCGCGCCACGCCGCUGCCGCCGGCGCCGGCGGUAGACGAGGCGCUGGACGAUCUGGAGCGCGAGGUGACCAGGGGGUUCGUCGAGGACCUGAUGCACGCCCUCGCGCCGCCGCCAAGCAGCCUGCCCCUGCCCACCUUCUCGCUCGUCCGGGCUGCCGCCGUCAAGUCUGCCGCAGCAUCCUGCGCCGUGUAGACACUGGACAACGCGCCCGCCGCAAUAACCGGC